UUUUUUUAUUUAUUUAUUCAUUUCUUUUUCAUACUGCACAUUUAUCUAGAAGGUGUUUUAUUUAGAUAGCAGUUUACUGAACUCUUUAGUAAUCUUCACAAAGUGACAUUGGUCUGGAAUUUUCCUAGACUUUGACGGAGCAACUUUUAGAGCACAACUAAGAUAAACAUCUUCACGACUGUGUUCUCCUUGAAGGAAAGCAUUUAAGAAACAAUAGAGGUGAAGUUUAUGGAGCAUGGACCAUCGAUGGAUUUUAUUGUUCAGCCUAUGGUGGUAUGUGUUUCGUAGUGGUUGGAGUUGCUGCAUGGAGGAACUUCCUCCAGUUUUACUGAAUUGUUGUAAAUGCAAUUUCUCUUCGGUGCCCAUGGAUUUGCCUAAAAAUACUACAAGAUUAGACUUUAGUUUUAACCCACUUAAGAGGCUUCACAAGAAUCACUUCUUGGAAAUGUCAAAGCUUGAGCUUCUAGACCUUACCAGGUGCAGUAUUACUUUAAUUGAAGAUCAUGCUUUCUUUGGUCUUGAGAAUUUGCAUACUCUAAUCCUCACUGGAAAUCCAAUAAGGCAUUGGCCUCCACUGACUUUUUCAGGCCUUGCUUCCUUACAUCGACUUGUUGUAGUGGAAACAUCUCUUACUUCACUAUCAAACCUCCCUUUGACACAACUGAGCCUGCUAAAGGAACUUAAUGUUGCCAAGAAUUUUCUGAAAAGUUUGUACCUACCCACCUAUGUAUCUUCCCUGCACAUUCUGGACCUCCGUGCAAACCAGAUUGUUGAUGUAAAAGAAAAGGACCUGGAGAACCUACAGAAUAUAAGUGUUUCCAAUUUUUCUCUCAUAUUGUCUCAGAAUCGUAUAGACCAUGUUGCUCCUGGUGUCUUCAGAUUUAUUUCAUUACAUAUGUUACAUUUAAAAGGCUGUUUUUCUAAUGCAGAUAUUAUGAAAAGUAACUUUAAUGCCAUGUCUGGUCUUUUUGCAACAAAGCUAGUCGUUGGUCAUUAUAGAAACUCUUUCAGGGAGAUCAAAGUGUUGAAAAAUGGACAUUUUGAAGGACUAUGUGGAAUGAAUAUCAAAGAGCUGACAAUUAGCGGUUUGCACUUUUUCAGUACUCCCUUUUGUGAAUGCUUUAGAAACCUCACAUCUGUUCGUGUGAUAAAUACUGAUUUAAAGUUUUUGCACUUUGAAUCAGCAGCCUCCAGCAUUCAAAAACUUGAAAUAAAAAGAAGUCUGCUCGUCAGUAUGCCUUCUACAGCUAUCUCAGCACUCAAGCAACUUAAAGAGAUUCGGAUAACAAAAAACCCACAAUUUUCUGUCUUUGAAGACCUUAUAGAACUACCUAACCUUGAAUUAUUGGAUCUGAGCAGGAAUAAUUUAUACCUUGACGAUUGUUGUUCUUUCAUCUCUGAUGGACUACCUAAUCUUCAACACCUAAACCUUAGCUACAAUCCUCAAAUAUACUUAAGAAGUGCUUUCUUAAAUAUGUCUCAUCUUCGCUCACUAGAUCUCAGUCACACACAACUUAGCAAUGUAGGUUCACAUCCAGUUUUUUUGCUUAUGGAUAAACUUAUUUAUCUUGAUCUGUCAUACACGCAAUGUAUUUUUUCUAUUCAGUGUUCUUUUUGUGGUCUCUACAGUGUGCAAUUGCUAAAAUUAUCUCAUACUACCUUUUCUAAUAUACUGGCUUCUGUAUUUAAAAACUUGACUGAGCUCCGCUUACUGGACAUGUCAUCUUGUGGACUAAAGUAUAUUCCUACUGAAACCUUUGCCAGUCUUACAUUAUUGCAAACAUUAGACCUCAGUAAGAACCAUUUGCUUGAACUACAGGCAUUAGUACUUACUCCAUUAAUAUCUCUCACAAUUUUAAAUGUGAGUUCCAACAACUUCCAGAGUUUGUCUGAGGAAACCACUCAGUUUAUAUCCCAAAAUUUAGUAAAAGUGGACCUGUCACAUAAUCCAUAUGACUGUUCUUGCAACCAGCAAACAUUUCUGCUGUGGGCCUAUGAGCAGCGAAGCCGAAGUCUAAAGUUUAGUGAAAGUCUGAAAUGUAAUACACCAGAAUACCUCCAGGGUACACAACUUGGUAAAGUGAGCUUGAGUUGUAAUUUGACCAAUUAUGUAUGGUUUGGCGGGUUCGUAACGGCAAUAGUGAUUGCUGGGAGUAUGUUUCAUUGUUAUAAACGAAAAUAUUUUCAUCUUUGCUAUUCAUUGCUAAAAGAUAAAAAAUAUAAUAACGAAAAAGAAUAUGAUGCAUUUGUCAUCCAUUCCAGCUUAGAUGAAGAAUGGGUAAACAAGGAAUUAGUUCCCAAAUUGGAAGAUGGUAACCCCUGCUUUAAACUAUGCUUACAUUACAGAGACUUUAUACCAGGCAUUCCCAUCACUACCAACAUUGUAAAUGAAGGUAUUCGUAGAAGCCGAAAAGCUUUAAUUAUAGUGUCUCAAAACUUUAUUGAGAGCAAGUGGUGUAGCUUUGAAUUUGAGAUGGUCAUGUCCUGGCAGUUCCUGGAAAGUCAAUGUGGAAUCAUUGUUAUCCUACUGGAAGCAGUUAAUAUGGCUCAUCUUAAACAUAUGCUUGGACUAAACAAAUAUCUACGCAAGAACACUUACCUUAAGUGGGUAGAUGGAUAUGUAGAGAGAAAAGUUUUUUGGAGGCGUUUGAGAGAAGCAUUACAGCAAGGAGAGGACUUAAGAAAGCUAGAAGGUGUCAGUGGAGAAAUCUAUGAGAAACAGAUUGAGCAUAACAGAAUGAACCAAUGAAAUUAUUGUAUGUAUGACUGGACAUAUGCACAAUGCACUUAAUAAAUACAUGUUUCUGUGCCUAUUGGACUUAGUCCUGAGAGAUGCCCUUAUGUGUUGAAAUUGUGGUUAAAUUAAAAGUAAAAUUACAUUCCUUAUGCUGUCUAUGGGAUUGUG